ACAUCAUAUUCAAUUAGUUUCAUUCGGAAGUUCAAUCGACAUGUGCGACACAAGCACACAAUUAAGUGGUACUCCAGAUGUGUCUGGUGCUAGACAGAGCGACGAAGUACAGCGGUUGCGUGAUGGCGUGCCGGAUCGAGUCGUAGUUCAAAUAAGGUCAGGUUUGAUAUCGGGAGUCGUAGAACCGUUACCGAACGGUCAGCAGUACUAUGCCUUCAGAGGAAUCCCGUACGCUAGGCCACCCAUUGGGAAGCUGAGAUUUCAGCCACCCGAGCCACUGGACAAACUGCCGUCGGAAGUUUUGGACUGCAGUAAUGAUGGUCCAGGAUGUUAUUCAGUGCACAACGAUCUUCCCAACGAUCGGAUGUCGGAAGAUUGCUUGAAUCUUAAUGUCUACACAUCAACCAUACACGAAGAAGGGGCUGCGUGCAAUCCUAUGCCCGUUAUGGUUUGGAUCCAUGGCGGAGGUUUUGUCGAAGGAAGUGCCCAAUCGACCAUGUACUGUCCAAAGUAUCUGGUCCAGGAAGGAGUGAUAGUGGUAACGGUAAACUAUCGCCUAGGACCGUUGGGUUUCCUGUGCCUGCCAAGCGUUGGGAUUCGUGGGAACAUGGGACUGAAGGAUCAACGGAUGAGCUUCCGAUGGGUAAGCGAGAACAUACAACGAUUUGGCGGAGAUCCGGACAAUGUUACAAUAUUUGGACAGAGCGCUGGUGCAGUAUCGGUUCAGUUGCACUACCUCUCAGAGGCGUCACGCAAAUAUUUCCACAAAGCCAUUGCACAAAGCGGAACAGCAUUCAAUCAAUGGGUCAUGCAGAAAAAUCCAGAGGGUCGAGCACGUAAAUUAGCGGAAGUGCUUGGGUGUAAAUUCAGUGAGAAUGACGAACUUGUUCAUGAAACAUUAAUGAACGCGUCUCCGAAAGAUCUAGCUGAUUUUCAGUACCAAGUAAUGACACCUGAAGAGAGACUCGUGUUGGUAAACUUUCCCUUUACACCUGUCGUAGAGGAUCCAGCUUUUAACUCAGAACAUCCAGUUCUGACAGAUGAUCCGUUGAAGUUGAUCGCAAAGCGCUUUGCCAAGGAUAUUCCAAUUAUAAUGGGGAUCACCAAUGAGGAAGGUGUUGGGUUAGCGAGCCAUGUGCUACGUUCAAUCGAUAUGUACCAGACAAAUAUUAGUCAACAAAUGUUACCCUUUACAUUGAAUAUCAAGAGCGAGCUUGAAAGGGAAGAUGCGGUACAUAGCAUUCAAAAAUACUUUUUUGAUGAUAAAAAAUUAUCGGUUGACACGGUGCAGCCCAUGAUACAGAUUCUGGGCGAUAACGCGAAUAAGUUUGCUGGAUAUCUGGCAGCAGAAUUGCAUUUUCGCCAUCAAAGCACUCCUCUCUAUUUCUAUAUAUUUUCAUAUAUGUCCGAGCUAAACAAACUACGAGAAUUAAACAAAACACCAGCUAAUUUGCCAGGAGCGUGUCACGGUGAUGAUUUAUGCUAUCUGUUUGAAUCAUCAUUCUUUUCCACAGAAACGAUUGAGUCUUCGGGAAAAGCCUACAAGUUUCGUCAAACAAUGUGCCAACUUUGGACGAACUUUGCGAAAUUUGGAAACCCAACGCCGGACGAGGACACGCUAGGGUUUUGCUGGCCGGCUGUGAAUGAAACAAAAACAAGUUUGAAGGAUUUUGAACUGAUCGCAGUGGAGUUGAUUGAGGAGCCGAAAAUAAUCAAAAACCCAUUCGCUGCUCGAUUCAAUUUUUGGAAGUCUCUGUUUACCCGGUACAACGAAGGUCACCUGAUGCCUACGUUUCGAAAAUACUGAUUUGGUAUCUUCACGAAAUGAAACAAAAUGAAUUCUUACACCGACACGCCGUCAUGUUACAGCAAUCAUCCUAAAUACAAUAACAUUGCAUUCUAACACAGUUUAAAGUUUUACUUUCAGUAUAUCCUCAUUGUACCGCUUAUA